AUGUCUAGUUUACCAAAAACUAUGCGAGCCGUUGGCCUCUAUAAAUAUUUGCCGAUAUCAGAUGUCAACAGUCUUGUUGAUUUAGAAGUGAAAUUACCAACAUGUGGGAAAACUGAUGUGCUCGUAGAGGUUAAGGCUACAUCUGUGAAUCCUAUCGACACAAAGCAGCGGGCGCCGAAGCCAACAAUAGAAACUAUACCUAGGAUUUUAGGCUGGGACGGCGCUGGAGUCGUAGUGGGCAAAGGUGAGAGCGCAAGCUUAUUUAAUAUUGGCGAUGAGGUGUUUUUCACGGGUGAUAUCAGAAGGCCCGGAUCCUACGCCCAAUACAUAGCGGUUGAUCAAUUAUUAGUAGGGCCAAAACCGAAGAAUUUAACUUUUGAACAAGCUGCUGCGAUGCCGCUCACUGCCCUUACUGCUUUCGAAUCACUUUACGAUCGUUUAUUGCUAUCAGAGAAAGAUAAAGGAAAGAGUUUGUUAAUUAUAAACAGCGCUGGAGGAGUUGGAGCAGUUGCUUCUCAACUUGGCAAGCUAUUAGGACUUCAAGUGAUUGGUACGGCUUCUCGACCAGAAACAGAGGCUUUUACUCGUGAGAAUGGAGCUGACCUCGUCUUCAACCAUACUAAAGAUCUGAUAUCUCAGUUGAAAAAUAAUGGUUAUGGAAUGGGAGUAGACUUUAUUCUAGUUAAUUAUGAUCCGGCUCCUUAUUGGGAUACAUUAAUGACUGCUAUUAAACCAGAAGGAAGAAUAUGUUUGGUUGUCGAUAGUAGUAAACCGUUAGAUUUGAGGCCGCUGAAAGAUAAGAGUUUGACUCUGGUGUCCGAAAUGAUGGCGACAAGACAGAAGUAUAAUACUGAUGGAAAAUUCAGACAGCAUGAGCUCCUGAAAAAAGUGUCCACAUUGUUUGACGAAGGAAAACUGAAGUGCACCUUAACUAAAACAAUGUCACCAAUAAAUGCUGCUAAUUUGAGAGAAGCACAUAAAAUAAUUGAGUCACAGAAAAUGGUGGGCAAAUUAGUGUUGACUCAGUUUUAA